GACGGUUCAGAUCACCCGCCACCUCUCCUUAACCGCGAAGGCAGCAGAAAUAUCCACGCAGUUGCGCUCCCGCUCCGCCGGGCUCCAUAAAACCUGCAGAAAUCAUCUCUUUCAUCUUUGUAAAUUCCGUCUUCUACAGUUCCACCGUCAACGUUCAUUUUUCUUUUCUUUUUCGAUUUGUUGUUAUUCUGUUCUGUUCAGUUUAGGGUUAAUGGUUGAUCGCGGAGUUCUGGGAGAUGAACUGAACAUCGAUUGGGAUAAUCUUUUGGAAAAUUUGCCCGAUGACCUCUGCUUCGAUUUAGGCAACCUUCCGCCGGCGGAUGGGUUGUCUACGUCACCAGAUUCCGGCUGUUCUCUGUCGAUCGAUGACAUAGAGCAGUAUCUCUUGAACGAUGAGUCCUACAAGCCGGCGGAUGAGAAAGAUGGUUUAGCCGAUGAGUUUGUUGCGGACGUGCUUCUCGAUUGUUUUCCCGGGUCGGAGUCGGAUUCGGAUCGGGUCAAGGACUCUUCGGCCAGUCCAGAGUUGGUGGACGUUGUGAAUUGCGAGGAGGAGAAAGAGCGGGAGAAGCCCCAAGAGAAUGGCGCGGAUGGUAUGCAGACGGGGGAGAAUUGCGCCGCGGACGAUGAUGGUGAUGCCGAUGAUCCCGAUGCGAAGAAACUAAAGAGGCAAUUGAGAAAUAGGGAUGCAGCCGUUAGAUCGAGGGAAAGGAAGAAGAUGCUUGUGCGCGAUCUUGAGAUGAAGAGCAAGUACUAUGAAGCAGAAUGCAAGCGGCUUGGGAUUUUGCUCCAGUGCUGUCUCGCUGAGAAUCAAGCUCUACGGCUAUCGUUGCACAGUGGUCAGGCAUUUGAUGCAUCCAGGACCAAGCAGGAGUCUGCUGUGCUCUUGUUGGAAUCCCUGCUGUUGGGUUCCCUGCUUGGGUUCCUGGGCAUCAUAUACCUGUUAAUCCUGCCCAGCCAGCUCCUAUCAGCUCUGGAAGUGAGUCUUCUGCAAAACGUCAACAACACAGAGCGGAGAAGCGUGGCUCGAAGAGAAGCAGGAAAUGAGGAUUACAGCUCUAUGUUCCAUUCGUUUAUGAUGAGCAAGAGAUGCAAAGCUUCGAGAUCAAGAAUGAAGGUGAGGCUAUUUAGCAGCAGAGGUGAUGCAGCCAGCACUGUAUCUGGUUUCUUGCUAGUUGGUCAUCACUUAUUUCUCUAGGUUGAGAGAGUGGAGUGGAAUACAGGUGUUUUCACUUUGUUUGCUCUCUUUCUUUUGUUGCUUAUUACUACUUCUUCUUCUUUCUUAAUUUUAUUUUAUUUUUUUGGGUUUCCUACAAGAACUACUAUGACUCUUUGGGUUUUUUGGCUGUGUUGAUUACUAGAAUAAUAAGUGGUUUAUCUUAUUUCGCAA